UACGUUGCGCUCAGUUCACUUUUGUGACUCGGCUCGUGAAGUACAUUAUUUUCAACUGCUGAUCAAGAAAAGCGAAAUUUAUUUUGAGAAAAAAAACUCCAAAUAAUCCAUUGUUUUCAACCGUAUCAAAGUGUAGUAAAAGAAGUGAAAAAAGCUUGAAAACAUUUGUUACUGCUGAUGCGCAAUUGUGCUUGCCUACUGUUCUGUACUGCCAAAAAUAAAGUUAUAAACAAAACAGAAAACUAAAAAAAAAAAAAACGGUGAACAUUUGACAUUUUAUAAAUAAUAAAAUAAAGCAAAUAUUGUGCAUUUCUGUGAUUAAUCCAUAUAAUUAUAACUCUUGAGACGAUACACAAUUGCUUGUGGCAUAUGGAAGCAGCUUUUAAAAGGCAAAUUGCGCAAAAUAAUAGUAAACGGAGCAUUCAUAAGUUCAUAAAUGAAGAAGCAGCAUAAUAAAUAAUUAAAAAUAGCAAACGUGCGUGUAGUAAACUGUAAAACCGUCCGUACAACAAAGUGUAAUACAAUUACACAGAGAACAAUUAUUAAUAAGCGCAAUCAUAAAACUUGAAAUUAAAUUGUGAUUUUGUUACGAAUUAAAAACAAAAACAACAAAAAAUACUAAGCAAUUAAGUGCAUUAAUUGUAAGGGUCAACGUUAAAUUACUACAACGACAACAACAACAGCAAAGGCAGCAAUUGCAGCGAACAGCAAGCGCUUGCAUUGAGUAUACAGCAGCCAUCACAUACAAACAAACAACUAGCUAGCUAAUUAAAGCCACUGCGAAAACAAAAACAAAAACAAAAACAAGUAAAUUCAUCGAAAUGCCGUUCUAUUCGCGCGACUGGCGUUCACCCGGUGAGGCAUGGGUCAAAACCGAUGAGGGCUGGGUGUGCAAAAAGGUGCUCGAAUGCGGCAAGCGGAAGAGACUCUCAUCCAAUUCGGACGAUAGCUUUGACGAUGAUUCCGAUGAGGUGAUCGUGCCGCCACACUGCCACAUAACUGUACGUUGUACACGCGAAAUUGCCGGCUUCAAUGGACUCGGCGAAGUUGUGCGACGUCUGGACUUUCGCACCUCAUUACGUAAUCACAAACGCUUCCACUAUAUUUGUGCGCUGCUGCGAUUGUUGGUCUCGCACAAGGGUAUUGUCAACUUGUCGGGCAGUGCGCAACGGGUGCUCAUGCAAAUCGUUGAAGAUGUGGCCACACAUGUCAAUGACAGCCAACAGCAUUUGAAUGUGCUGCGCGGUUUGGUCAUACAACUGCAGGAGAUCGUGUUUCAGGAGAGCCAGAAGUGUUGGGGGAAACCGUUAGGCAGCACCAAUCUGUGGCAGGAGCAUAUCGAGACUAUAAAACGCAUACAAAAUGUUGCUAGUCAACUCGAAAUCAAAGAGCCCGGUCCUGAAAUACGUCCAAAACUGCACGAUCUACCUGAGGAGUGCAUACGUGAGAUUAUCUUACGCAUAGCUGAUCACAAAGAUCUCGAAGCCUCCGCCAACGCCUGGCCCACCAUGGCCACAUUGGUCUCGGAGGAACGCAUUUGGCGCGAACUCUGUCGCUUCCACUUCAAACAGCAACAAAUCAAUUUAAUACUCGAUCUAAAUAAUAUAAAACUAAUGAACGAGGUAAAGGACUGGAAAAAGAUCUAUCAUCAGUUGCGACGCACUUACGGCGUCAAUGAUGACUAUCAAUUUGCCGAAGUGUUGAAACUGUGUCGCAUAUGUUCGUGUCUGUUCUGGCCUUCGGAGGGCCAUCCUUGUAUAGCCGAUCAAAUGCCCGACUAUAAGCAGCGCUUGGAGGAGGCGGCGGGUGGUGGACAACUGGUUGUGGCACAGCCAGUGCCACCGGCACAAUUUCUGAAAUAUUUCUCAUUGUAAAUACGUAAUAAUUUAAGAUAAUACUGUAAUUGAGGGAGAAUGAAGAAAAUGUAGUGGCAAGGAAGUGGCGAAUGUUGAACUGAUUAAGACUUGUUAAUAUUGAGGUUAUGUUGUUCAAGUGAUGGUAUAUAUAGCGAUCGAUUUUAGAGGCAGCUUGGAAAUCUGGUGCACUAUGAGUAAUGGAGGCGUGAAAUAUAUAUAUUUAUUGAUGAACAUAAACUGCUUAGCCUCAAAAUUAAAAAAAAUGUAAAAAAGAAACUAUUAAACGAGGCAACUUGCAACAAAGUACAGUGAUAACUUGAAAAAGUAUACAGAUAUAUACAUAUGUACUAUAAUAUUGUAAUGAUUCAGCUACUUAGUGAGAACUAUUGAAUUUGAUGUUUUUAAAGAAUUUCUUUUUUUUAUUU